AUGCAUCUAAACGAAGGUGCACCCGCGCCUAAACCCGCCGAAUCGGCCCUGCUCAACCGUCGUCGCCGUCGCAAGUCUCUCCCUGGCCGCGCAAAGGGCACCAGUGCCGAUCCAACCUCGCCCGAAGUCAUCUCGUCGCUAAUCUCCUCAUUGUCAACCAUCUCCGUCCCGCUCAAUUCGCAUUUCGAUAACGUGCCGCGCAUUGACUCCAAGGACUCCAAGGACUCCGAUCCUGGCUUGCCCGAAGUGCCUCACACUGCGCCGUGUUUCUCUGUUCCUCCUUCCAAACAGUAUGGUCAUGGUCAUGGUUAUGGCCUCGGCGUGAACUUGGGCUCCUUCGCUCCGCUUGAGGAAUCUCCCCACGACAACAACCCGUUCUUGCACCCGGAUGAUGCUGCUUCAGCCCCUGUCAUCCGCAUGGCCAGAGCGCCGCCCUCGCCAAAAUCUCCAAAAUCCCCGCGUUCGCCGAGAUUUAAAUCUUUCAAACAGAACGAACCCUCCGCCAACCGUCCGGCCUCACGAGACUCCUACACCUCCGUCCGGACAACCCACGAAGACACUGCCUUUGGCACCAUCAGCACCGAACCGGGCCCCCGCCUGUCCACGGCUGUUAGCAUUGCAUCCAAUAGCUCCGCGGGGCGUAAAAGUUUAAAGGGGUCGUUUGCUCAGUUCGGACUGUUGAAGAAGGCUUCACGGGAAUUCGGGAGUGACAGAGACUCAUCGUGCGACCGUUUGCGCAAGACAAAUAGCCUGAACGAUACCCUGCGCCACAAUAUUCCUCGGAGCAGAGCGAGCUUGAGAUCCAUGCAUUCCAUGGCGGAUGUGGCCGAGGAGGCGGGCCUAAACGGGCUCAAGGAAGAGCCGAGUGAUGGCACUUCUCGAGACCUACAGUCGAUCCCAAGCACCCCUGAUAAUAACAACCCCGGCGGUAUUGGAAGUGGCCGGAUUAUCCCCACCCGCGAUUCUUCUCUUCGACAUCGACACAGCCAAUCCUCAGGCUCGAAGCCACGAAGGUCCGCCCGCCACAGUCGAUAUCCGUCUAAUGCCAGCAAGGAAUCAUCCAGUGCAGAGAAUGGGCUACCGGGCUCGAGCAAUGACGCGGAGCAAGUGACCAAGAGGAUACAGCAGCUAAAGGACCAGCAACAGAGGAUCAAGACCGAGCUGGAGUCCGACGAUACCCCUGGCAAAUCUGCACCCACAAAGCCAGUGGAGAUCUCUCGCAGCACCAGCCAUCUCGACCAGGAACGUGCAGUUCAAAAUGGAGUCAAAUCCGACCGACUGGUCAAUGACAGCGCGCCAUCUCCCUCGAUUAUGACAGGGAAGAACCGCACAGGUAAAACCGGGGCCCCACUGUCCUCAAAACCCACCAAUUUCUCUCCACAAAUGUCCAAGAUUCCAUAUGAACAGUCCGAGCACGACAAACGAUAUAGGCGAUCACUGGAGCCCAUCACCCCCACCAAAGGUCAUCGCCGCACGCCGUCGGGCCCGACGUCCACCCAUCGUCCUUCUUUCAAUAACGAGCGGCCUUCCAGUGCCGACUCCAUCGAUCUAGCCGUUGAUGAUUAUACCUUUUCUCCCAAGUUGACGCAGCGAGUGCCUCACCCGACUACUGGCCGUUCUAUCGCAUUCUCGGAGGUUGGCAACCCUAAAGGUCACGUUGUGCUAUGUUGUCUCGGAAUGGGUCUCACCCGGUACCUGAUGGCAUUUUACGACGAGUUGGCCCGGACUUUGAACCUGCGUCUAGUUACUCUCGAUCGCCCGGGCGUUGGUGAAAGUGAACCACAUGGAGUUGAUGAGCCAAGUACUCCCCUCAGCUGGCCUGAUGACGUUGCCAUUGUGUGCAACUAUCUCCGAGUAACCAAAUUCUCCAUCCUCGCCCACUCAGCCGGAGCGAUCUACGCCCUUGCCACGGCCCUUCGAAUCCCCCAACAUAUCCGUGGCCGCAUUCACCUUCUAGCGCCAUGGAUUCCUCCAUCCCAACUGUCUACCAUCGGAUCUCAGAAGGAGCCCGCUCCCACCAACGCAGUUCCUUACUCCCAACGAAUCCUCCGAGCCCUCCCAACCUCCCUCUUGAAAGUCGCCAACACAAGCUUCAUGAGUGCGACCAGUGCCAGCAUCACGACCAGUCUUCCAAAAUCACCCAAGCGCUCAAAGCGCAAGGCAGCCAAAGAAGCCAAAGAGGCAGCGGGCAACGCGGAAAUCCCACCCGUGCCCAUGAUUCCCAAUAUCAUAACAGCGUCUCAGAGCCAGUCAGAGGAUCCCGCACCACUCGGCAGACCAGGAGCUACGAGGUCAUACUCAACUCCCGCCCACCUCGCCUCAUCCAGGAAGAGCGACGCCACUCUUGGCUCGCGCGCCAAGUCCCCGGAAGAGGAGCUUGAACGCCAGCAAGACUAUGACACCCGGCUUACACACCGGAUCUGGGAGCUCGCUACUACGAAUGCGAACCCGGCUGUUGACCUGUUGAUCUGCCUGGAGCGCCGCCAGACGAUUGGGUUCCGGUAUGUGGAUAUCACUCGGUCUGUCGUGAUUCAACACGGUAGUAAAGAUACCCGCGUGCCGGUGGAUAAUGUCCAGUGGCUGGGCAAGACCAUGCGUCGCUGUGAGGUGCGCAUUCUCGAAGGCGAGGGACACGGCUUGAUGGCUUCUGCUUCGGUGAUGGGCAGUGUCUUGACUGAGAUCGCUAAGGAGUGGGAAGAUUGGACGACUAUCGUUCAGGGCCGGCGGAGAGCGACUGCGAGUCACGCCGCGCGACCGGGCCUUUCUAUCCAGACCUGA